AUGAGCUUGGGGAGUAUUGAAAACCCUUUGCCAGAAAAGGCAUCAGAGCACAAUGGUGAAGUUGAAAGCUCGUUAUUGUUGGCUGACAGUGUGAGUGUGGAAGAAAGUAGGAAAAAUGUUGGAAGAAAUUAUUAUUAUAAUAGUAGAUCAUGGUGGGAUAGGGAUAGCAGUAGCCAUGAGCACAAUAGACCGACUAGAGAUUACUGUCCAAGGUAUAGUGGUUAUAGGGCCCACAGCAGAAGAAGGCCAUCAUCAUUAUCAUCAUCAUCUGAAAGAAACUAUGAAUAUGAUGAUAGUUACAAUCACAGGGCACCUAAUAGAUACAGAUUUCAUUAUCAUUAUUUAGAAAGAGAAAGAGAAAGAAAAGUAGGGUGCUAUUCAAGAUCCCGAUCAGGGUCUCCAAUCGCGUGGCAUUUUCAGAAGCCAAAGAAUUUGGAUGUUGUAACACAGAGACAGAGGAGCCUUGAAUUUGAUCAACCUCCACCUCAUUCUUCUUCUUCUUCUUCCAAAUAUACAGUUAAAGCUCAUGGACGUCUGCAUCUUUCUUGUUCUUCUCCAUCAGCAUCCCUGCAAACAUUACAAAACACCAAUAUUUCACAACAACGUUUUCUCUAUCUACUUGUAUAG